GAAAGGCUUCCUCAUCGCCAUUGACAUCGACACCGGGACCGAAAGGUGGGCGAGGAAGAUCACGGAGCAGGUGGCCACAGCCACAGACUGCGCUUUGCUGACACAGGGGCUCAUCAUCGUUUCAGUCAUGGACCCUGUGCCGCUGGUGCCACAGCCGGAGAUCGAGAACAGCCGGCUCAUGGCGUUGAGCAUCGAAGACGGAUCUUUCCGCUGGUCGUUCGCUCCAUACCGUCCCACGUUCAAUUUCCAAGCUGCGACGGUCCACGACGGCAGCUUCGUGUUUCAGGACCGGACGGGAGGCGUCUAUCGUUUGUCCACAGAUGGCAAGCUCCUCUGGUAUGCCAAGACGCCGGACAGGGAGUCGUCGACCACUGCGGCAGUUGUACUACACGACGGGCGUGUCUUCGCCGUCAGCAAUGCUGGCAAGCAGCCCGCUGGGCUUUUGCAUGUCUACGACUAUGAAGAAGGCCAGCACCUCUGGACCCAGGAACUCCCCCAUGAGGCAGUUCGGGCAAGACCUCGUU